UAGACACGUGGUGUUUGUAGUAGUGUAUAAAAUGUAAACAAAUCUUGAAAAUUCAUUUUUACUUAAUUAAGAAGAAAAAAGAAAAUUAAAAUGUCUCAGACUGAUUUCACCUCUCAAGAUAAUGCGGAUUAUGCUUUGGUUUGCAGCGUAGAUAAUGCUCGAAAUAUUUCUCAAUUAUUAAAAGCAAUUCACUUCGGAGAAACAGCAACUCUCUGUGCUAGUAAAAAUGGCUUAAAAGUUACAGUAGAAGAAUCAAAAUGUGUUCAGGCUAAUGCUUAUAUACAAGCAGUUCUGUUUCAUGAAUAUAAUGUUCGACAAGAAAAUGUCACAUUUAAAAUUAAUCUCAACGUCCUGUUGGAAUGUUUGAAUAUAUUUGGAAAUAGUAAUACUCCUGGUAUCACAACAGCUCUGAAGAUGUGUUACGGUGGUUAUGGAUCUUCGCUCAUUCUAGCAUUAGAAGAAGAAGGUGUUUUGACAGAUUGUCAUAUUCAUACUCAAGAACCAGAAAAUUUACUUAAUUUUGAUUUCUCUACCACAAAUAUAAUAAGUAAAGUUAUAAUGAAAUCUGAGGUUCUUAAAGAAGUUUGGAAUGAUCUGGAUCUGAACAGUGAAAUAUUAGAAAUUACAAUAUCUCCCAAUACACCAAAUCUUAGGUUUUCUACAGUUAGCAAUUUAGGUACUAUAAACUUAGAUUUUUCCAAAGAUUCAGAUAUGAUAGAAACUUUCACUUGUUUAAAAGAACAGACAAAUAGAUAUAAAAUCUCACUGUUAAAACCAUCAUUCAAAGCUUUGAUACAGUCUGCUAAAAUAUCCAUAAGAAAUGAUGACCAAGGAUUUUUAUGUCUGCAGUACAUGAUAAAGGUUGAAGAUGGUCAAACUUGCUUUGUAGAAUAUUUUUGUGCACCAGAAGAAGAUACUGCAGAUUAAUGAUGUAUAACAUCAUUUAAUUACAUUAAAAUUUUAAAGUUGUUCUUAAAAGAAAUAAAAAAUUAAAGUUUUGUAAUAUGUUUAUGAUAGAGUUAAAGAAUUUUUUGG